CAGCAACCAAGCAGCAAAUCAAUCGGUGCACUCUCCCUGCAGCCUGCCAAUGUCGGCUCCCCAAGCCCAAUCCUUGUUCUGUCAUUGACCAUUGAUUAUUGACGGGCCUUUAUUGACGAGGCCAGACCACUACCAAGUCGCCAAUUGGACAUUCGGUAGAGCCUAUGCUGGUGCAGCAUUGUUGAUUUUGGCUGGCCAUCCGAGUCGCCUUUUCCUGACUUGUUCCACAGUUGUUUGUUUCUUUGCCCGCCUUGUCUGGCCCAUUCCUCACGCUGGAUCCUCGAGAGGACAUCAAAAGGCUUGUAGCCUUCGGGAUCAUGGCAGCUAUAGUUAGCCACCAAGAAGAAUUCCAGAUCCAUCAGGAUGGCCCCUCGACAGAAGACACCGAGAUGAACACGGACAUUGCCGGCAGGGAGGAAGAAUACGCCGAUGAGGAAGACCAAGAACAAGAAGAACAAGACCAGACUCAAGAACGGAGGCCACGAGGCCACCGCCGGGAUGUCGAGGAGGACGAGGACGAGGAGCCUGAGGUCGACGAGGACGACAACGAGGAGGAGGAGGAGUCAGACGAGGAGGAGAUACUCGACGACGACAUGAGGAAGCUCCAGGAUGCUUUCCCGGGCUUCAGGCGCAAGUACAAGCUCAUCAAGAGGAUCGGAGAGGGCACAUUUUCCACCGUUUACAAGGCCGAGGACCUACAGUACGACCGCUACGAGAACAAAUGGGACGUCGACAAGGAGAAUGAGACGUGGACCCCCCCGCCUCUGAGGCGGCACGUCGACCGCAGCAGCAGCUCUUCUGCCACCAUCGACCAGAACUCAGAGCUCACAUCCCGCACCACACGACAGCACCGCCCACGGUCACGCUUUGUCGCCAUCAAGAAGAUCUACGUCACCUCCUCCCCUGCGCGCAUCCUCAACGAGCUCGAGCUGCUCCACGACCUGCGAGACUGCCCCGCCGUCUGCCCCCUGAUCACUGCCUUCCGAAGCACGGAUCAGGUCAUCGCCAUCCUCCCCUACUUCCGCCACCACGACUUCCGAGACUACUUCAGGAACAUGACCAUCACCGACAUGGCCGUCUACCUCCGCUGUCUCUUCACGGCAUUGUCGGCUGUCCACAAGCACGGCAUCAUACACCGCGACAUCAAGCCCACGAACUUCCUCUACGACCCCUCCACACAGCGCGGUGUCCUCGUCGACUUUGGCCUGGCAGAGCGCGAGGGCGAGGACUCCAAGCCGUGCCUCUGCCACGAGGAGCCGCCGGUCCGCAGGCAGCGGCUGAGACAAGCCGUCAUGGCCAACGGCGGCCCCCACCACGGCUACCCAAAGAACGAUACCCGCCCUUCCCGCAGGGCCAACCGCGCCGGCACGCGUGGGUUCCGUGCCCCCGAGGUCCUCUUCAAGUGCACCGAGCAGACCACCAAGCUCGACAUCUGGUCCGCCGGCGUGAUCCUGCUCACCAUCAUGUCCCGCCGAUUCCCCUUCUUCAACUCGGCCGACGACGUCGAGGCCAUGAUCGAGAUAGCGACCAUGUUUGGCCACAAGAGGAUGCGCCUGGCCGGGCAGCAGCACGGCUGCAUGUUCGACACCAGCAUACCCACCAUCGGGCAGAACGGGUUCGACCUGGGCAAGAUCAUCAUGUGGAGCACCCUGCGGGACGAGAAGAAGAAGCCCUUUGACGAUGACGAGCAGAUCGCCCUCGACUUCCUUGCUAGGUGCAUGGAGCUGGACCCGAGCAAGAGGAUCCGGGCGGACGAGGCGCUGGAUCACGAGUUCUUGCUGAUGGGCAUGGUGGAGAGCCAGGGGAGCGACGAGGAAGACAUGGACGUCCUCCCGACAGACGAGUACUAAGGGACGGCGGCGGGUGUCGAAAGCGUCGGUUGCAUGCGGAGUUUGGAAGAAGAGGGCUCAAGUUCUUGGGCCCACAUUGUUGGGAAGGAAUGUGCACAUUGCAAAUCUGUACAACACGCGAUAGCACGGCAUCCGGGGGGGCCUUGGCUCCACGGCGGGUAUGGCAUGGUUGGCGUUGGCCCGGGGGUGAAUCCUCGGCGGGAGUUGGGUGGAGUGAUGCACAUAUGGGAGGCGUUUCUGAGUUGAACUUGUACGUACGGAAUACCAGGUUAAUCAUCGCUGACUGCAAGCACUGUCACUUGACCCAGGCAUCCGAAGAAGCAUAGGGCUUGCAUGAAGGCACCUGGCAGCCGUGUCAUCCAGCAGUCAGCCUAUAUCAUGCUGCCCUCGUUCUUCAUCGGCAUGUCCCGUGAUUGUCAGUCACAACUUCACCUCCACCUCCAGCCUCUGGCCGUUUUCGACCACUGGAAUGUCUUACCAUGCGCUAGGAUACCACGAUUAGCAUCAAGGGUACUAUGGGACAGCCAGCAGGGUUCUUUUGAUCAAAAUACUCAUUGCUAUGUCACUACGAAGCCGAAUACAAACACUAUACAAGCAAUCCAAUCCAAUCCAAUCAAACCAAGCCCUCACUGACACCCAUCCAGAUCCCGACCAGCCCGUCAAUCAUGAUGCGCCCCCGCCCCCGCCCCUCUCGCCUCCUAAUUAAUCCCCUCAUCAUCAGGACUAACCUGGAUAGCCUGGAUGAACAACUCCUCGCUCCCAGGACAAGCCGCCGCAUAGGUCGGGUUGAAGGGCGUGGUGAUGGCCCAGCCGCACUUAUCCGACGCCAUAAGCUUGGUCCACAGCUGCUGGCCGCACGUGAUGACGCCGCUGGCCGUGUAGUCGAUGACACACCGCAGCGGCGCCUUGGCCGAGACGGGCGCCACGAGCCACGAGACGAUCGUGUCGGCGGGCAGCAGCUGGAUGGCGCCCCACUGCGAGCGCGAGCCGAACCCGAACCACGCGCCCCACCAGUCGCCGGGGCCCGAGCCCCCGACCUGCUGGAACAGGAUCCCCGUCGGCGCGUCGAGCGUCCACACCGACGCGGCGUCGAUGUCCGGCGUCGUGUGCGAGCGCAGGUUCGUGGGGCGGUCGUCCGUCGGCGGGUCCGACGCGAUGUACUGCCCCGCCAGGGCGCCCGAGGCGAUCUGGAGGAGCACCACGGGCCCGUGGGGGAUGAAGUGCGUCGGGCCGGCCGGGACGGCCGAGGUCGAGAGGGUGGUGGACGGCUGCUGGGAGGAGGCCGAGGAGGCGCCGCCUGUCGUGGUCGAGGGCACGAGCGUCGAGCUCGGGGGGCUUCCGGACGUUGACGGCUCGGCGGCCGAGGACUCGGCUGCGGCAGUGCUUGAGGGCUCUUCUUCAACAGCCGAGGACGGGCUUGGGGAUGGCUCGGUGCUUGUUGCUGCUGAGGACUCCACGGCCGAGGAUUCGGUGCUCGAGGCUUCUGUGGACUCGGCCGGCGCACUGGUAGGCUCGCCCUCCGACGCCGAGGGCCCCGACGUGGCAGCCGCGGACGACGUGUUGGUGUACCCAGAGAACGAGGUCCGGAGCACGGUCGAGAACGACGAGCUCCUGAAGCUGGUCGAGUUUGCGAGCGUCGUGAGGCUGGAGGAGGAGAAGACCGGCGCCGACGCGGGACAGCUGCACCCCGCCGAGGACGGGGCCGCCGGCGUCGUCGUGUUGCCUAUGCAGAGGGUGGACCCGGCCAUGGUGAGCGUCAUGUAGAGCGUG